AUGUCUUCGAUGUCUGACCCGGUGGCAUUUACAGUCAAGAAGAAAUUCUUGCUAGCAAAUAAACAUAUCACAAAGCUCAAUUCUACGCUGAGCGUGCGGAUCGAGGAACUUAAUGCUCAGAUAUCUACACUCUAUACCGAAAAUCUCCGACUUCGCGCAUCGGAGAUCGCCCUAGCCGCGCAACUCAAGCGUGAGCGUGAAAAGUCUAGACAAAUUAUCGCGGAGACGGAGGUCGCGGCCCUCGGAUUGACGAAACGCCUCAGUUUUCUGCGUCAAGCGUUCCAUAUAGCAGAGCAAGCACCUCAAUCACCGUCCCCCACUCCUCCCAAAGCCACUCGCCGUCCUGUAUCCCAGAGCGGCUCUAGUCCCACCUCGCCGGUUGCCAACAAGCUCUCCCGUGUCCCCACGGUUUCAAAAAUACAGGAGGAUGAUGAGCUCGCCUUGUCAUCCGAAGAGGAGCCCGGAGAGCCAAAUAAUGUAAAAUUCAGCUCACGGCGGGGAGCUAAAACCAAAUCUCGGCUCUCAGCAUCCAGGCUUCCGCUACCUUCCAGAAUAGCGUCACCACCUCCCCCGGAAGCUUCGACCUCAUCCGUCCCACUUCAGAUAGAUUUCGAAUCGCUGCCGCAGACAACAAGCAAACGGAAAGUGUCUCGUCGGCAGAGUGGUCUGCUGAUUGAUACCCGAAUGUCUGGAUAUGACAGCGCACCUGGCGCAAGCUCACUCUCCAUAUCGAGACCGUCGAGUCCAGCCUUUGGCUCUCCAAUUCGAAGAGCUGCCGGAUUGGCAGAGGAACGUGAUGAAAACGCUGUUACCAAAGAUCUUUACGUCGAUGGCAUUGAGGGAGAGUUUGAGGAAGCGAUAAUGAAGAAGCCCAAGUCGUUUUUGAAGAAGGAGAAGGGACUUGCGGUUGCGGAACCUGUCGAAAAAAGGAAGGGCACGCUUCGGGAACAAAGCGAUAUCCUCAUGAGUGAAGGUGCAGGGAAGAAGCCGAAACUGAAGGACGUAACGAACUCUCCUAAUAGUCGGCCAGUGGCUACUCCAGUGGACGCCGCAGCCAUUUCAGAGCUCGAAGUGGGAGCCCCUUCCUCUUGUACAUCACAUCUCCCAACGCCAUCACCGCCUCCCGGUGAGUCAGAAGGCGAUGAAGUCACCGGUGGCAGAGAACGUCGUACAAGAAAAAGUGUAAACUAUGCGGAACCCAAACUCAAUACGAAAAUGCGGAAGCCAGACCCACCUGAAGGCCCCACAGCCUCAAGCAAUAGGAAACGCUCUACUGGAGUCCGGUCUUCGAUGCCAUCAUCGUCAUCUUCCUCAAGAGCUCGCGCAGUGGACAUCGACAACCCAGAAGAAAAGGGGGCGGAGACUGACCCUCGGUCCUCCUUGGAAAGGGAUGAGCCGACGCGUUCUGGUCAUGUUGGGACCACAGAUUUGCUUGAACUACCGCCUUCUUUUUCAUCUACGUUAAGACGAAAUAAAUCCCGCCCCAUCCUGAUUGAGGACGAAGAUGCCGAUGACGGUGGUGCAGAUGCAGACGAAGAAUUCGUUCCUUCACUUGGGAGAGUGUCUUGGGUCAACGUGGGUGAACGUAGAAGAGGAGGAAACAGGAGAGUCACGGGUGGUGGCGCUGUGCACUCGAUGGACGAGAGAAGGCAUAGCAUAGCGCUAUGA